AUGCUGGUUACUAAGGGAGGAAUUUCUAGGCAUAAAUUUCACAUAGCAGGGAUAAAGGAAAGAGGUGUGGCAUCAUGUCCUAAAGCAAGUCAAGAACAAAAAGCUAAGUGUGUUGAGGCAAUUCAAGGGACAAAGUCUAAAAAAAUAGAGAAGAUAUUGAAUGAUGCUAAGUUGAGGGAAGAUGUGAAUAUAUCUUUGCCUACAAUAGGUGAGGAAGAAGAUGAAAUUGCUAUUAUUGAACGAGGGAUUAGGAAAAGGCCUAUUAAUGUGGGACCUAUGGAUCAAUUUGCAAGGUGGAUUUAUGAAGCCGGAGUUCCUUCCAAUGCCAUUGAUAAUGAUAGUUUUAAAUUAUUUGUUGAAGCUCUUGGUCAAUAUGGACCGAGUUACAUUCCUCCUUUCCAGUACCAAUUAAGGGAGCCACUAUUGAAGGGAGAGGUGGAGAGGACAAAAGAAACUUUAAAGAAGCAAGAAGAAGAGUGGAAAAUAAUGGAAGCUUCAAAUGAUGCUCAUACAGGUCAAUAUAUAUUUGACUAUGUCAAUGAUUAUAUUAAAGAGGUUGGGGUUGAAAAUGUGGUUCAAGUUAUAACCGAUACUGCUUCCAAUAAUAUGGCCACCGCAAAAUUGUUAGAAUUACAAAGGCCUAACAUAUUUUGGACAUCAUGUGCCACUCACACUUUAAACCUUAUGCUUGAAGGAAUCUCUAAACUUCCCAACUUCAAGGGAGUGAUUAACAAGGGAAAAUCAUUCACUAUUUUCAUUUAUGCACAUCACAAGACUUUGGCAUUGAUGAGAAAGUUCACAAAAAGAGAGAUAGUUAGGCCAGGAGUCACUAUAUUUGCAUCCUCGUUCUUGACAUUGCAAAGCUUGCUUGAUAAAAAACAAGAGUUGAGAAGUAUGAUGACUAGCAAUGAAUGGGAUAACAUGAAAUGGUCUAAGUCUAAAAAGGGAAAAGAGGCAUUUGAUAUUAUUGUUCCGAACGAUUUUUGGAACAUGAUAGACUUGUGUUUGAAGGUAUUCACUCCACUAUUGAAAGUUCUUAGACUUGUUGAUGGGGAAGAAAAGCCUUCAAUAGGCUUUGUUUAUGGAGAGCUACUAAAGGCAAAGGAUGACAUUGCGAACAUAUUGAAGAGGGAAUGUGAUUAUAGGCCAAUCUUGGACAUUAUUGAUGUUAAAAGUAAAGGUCGCCUUGAUAGUCCACUUCAUACAACGGCUUAUUUUUUGAAUCCAUUCUAUUUCUUCAAGAAUCCAUGUAUCAAAGAUGAUUCAUUCAUGAUAAAUAAUUUGAUUGCUUGUGUUGAGAAAUUCUUUCCUAAUGAUCAAAUGCAACAUCAUGUGAUAAAUAUUGAGUUGCAAAGAUAUGUCCAAAAGGAAGGUUCAUUUGGAAGGAGGCUUGCAAUAAGUGCAUGUGAGAACAAUGAUGAAAAUUAUAAACCGGUGAGUUGGUGGGAUUUUUAUGGGAAUGAAACACCCAAUUUGAAGACCGUGGCAAAAAGGAUACUUGGUUUGACUACUAGUUCAUUCGGUUGUGAAAGAAAUUGGAGUUCUUUUGAAGGGAAGAAAAAGGGCAAAAUAGAGACUCUAUUAGAAAGUGAUGCAACUAAUGCACAAUCUUGGAUUGUUGAGGGUUGUGAGGAGGAGUAUGAUUGGGUGGAAAAUAAAAUCUUACAACCUUCAUCAAGAGAUAGAAAUGCUCAGAAUGAUAUGAGGGAGCUUGACGAGGAGGAUUUUGUAUCAGACGACACGGUGGAUGAAUUAGAUGAAGAUGAUGAUAUUGAAUAG